AUGCCAGCUUGGCUAAAUCGAGCUGAUCUCAAGAAUGGUAACGUUGAUUUGGACAAAAUGGCUCCUGAAGACAUGACAUCUAAAGAAUAUUAUCUUGAUUCAACCGCACAUUUUGCCGUUCAUGAAGAAUUGUUAAAAGAUGAAAUUCGAACAAAAACGUUUCGUAAUGCCAUUAUAAAUAAUCGUCAUUUAUUCAAAGAUAAAGUUGUAUUAGAUGUUGGAUGUGGUGUGGGCAUAUUUGCAUUGUUUGCAGCUAAAGCCGGUGCUAAAUUAGUGAUUGCUGUUGAAAAAUCCAACGUUAUUGAAUAUGCUAAAAGAAUUAUUCGAGCAAAUCGUUUCGAUAAAGUUAUUAAACUUGUCAAAGGAAAAAUUGAAGAAAUUGAGCUACCAGAUGGUAUUCAAAAAGUAGAUAUUUUAAUUGCUGAAUGGAUGGGCUAUUGUUUAUACUACGAUUCAAUGAUACAAAGUGUUAUAUAUGCUAGAGAUAAAUGGCUAAAACCUGGUGGUAUUAUAUUUCCUGAUCGUGCCACCAUGUAUUUAGUAGGAAUAGAAGAUCGCGAUUAUAAAGAAGAUAAAGUAGAAUGGUGGUCAAAUGUUUAUGGAUAUAAUAUGAGUUGUCUGAAAAAUUAUGUAAUGAGAGAACCAUUAGUUGAUACUGUUGAUAAACGUCAAGUUGUUACUGAACCAUGUCCGAUCAAGACAUUAGAUUUGAAUACAAUGAGAAUCGAAGAUAUUGAUGUAUUAUCUUCAUUUAAAUUACGAGCAUUUCGUGAUGAUUAUAUUCACGCAUUUGUGACUUAUUUUGUGGCCGAAUUUACAGCAUGUCAAACGAGUAAAGCUCAUAUCUCAACUGCUCCAGGAGCUGGCUAUACCCAUUGGAAACAAACCGUAUUCUACUUUCCUGAUUAUGUAACAAUAAAAAAAGAUGAAGAACUUAACGGAGAAUUUAUGUGCAAAGUGAAUUUAGAAAAUACGAAAAAGCUCGAAUUUGGCAUUAAUUUUGAGUUCAAUAGUCAAAUAUCAUCAUUGUCAAGUAAAAAUCAAUACUAUAUGCGUGGUUAA